ACUCCUACAAUUCACACUCUUCGAGAUGUCUCUUUUGAGGGUAUUUUUUUGGCUUACGUACUUUAUUAUAUUCGAUUCCGAAAUUACAACAUCAUCUACUUUCAAAGCCGCAGUAUAUGACAAACCAAUAAUACCAAUAUCCUACGAUACAAAGAAUUUUAGUCAAGCAAUUCUUAAUGAAACCUUAAAGAUUUAUAAAGAAAAAGCCGACGAAGCUCGCAAGGCGGGAGUGGAAAUCUUAGUUUUUCCCGAAAAUGGACUUCUUCCAGUUGCAAUCCGAACAAGAGAAUCAGUAUAUCCUUUUCUAGAGGAUAUCCCUUCUCCUAGUUUUGGCGAGAAUGCUUGCCUAAUGCCCGAAACUUCAAAUAACUAUAUUCGUCGAACUUUAUCUUGUCUUGCAAGAGAUUAUUCAAUGUAUAUUGUCGCAAACGUGGGAGAUAAAAAGUAUUGUACAGCAUCGGAUGAUGGCUGUCCACCGGACGGAAGAUUCCAAUACAAUACUAACAUUGCGUUCGAUCCAAAUGGUGUACUUGUAGCAAGAUACCAUAAGAAAAAUCUCUUUGGAGAGAGAUAUUUCAAUACACCAAAGCACACAGAUAUAUCAUUUUUCUCCACGCCGUUCGGUGUUGUUGGAAAUUUCAUUUGUUUCGACGUAGUUUUCCAAGAACCAGCAAUAGAUCUUAUAGAAAAACAUAAUAUUGAUAUCGUGGCCUUCCCAACUGCUUGGAUGAAUGUUCUACCAUUUUAUUCAGCAGUACCAUUUCAUUCAUCCUGGUCAUACGUUAUGGGAGUUUCAUUCUUAUCUUCCAAUCUUCGGUUUCCUCCAAUGAGAUUCUCCGGUAGUGGUAUCUAUGCUCCCGAUGGUGUUAAAGUUCAUAGAAAUGACGAUACGGUAUUCGAUGGAAAACUUUUAGUUAGUGAUGUCAAAAAAGGAAGAAGAAAUAUUAUUUAUCACCAAAAAAUUGAAUUUAACGGAUUCGUUUCAUCCGAAGAGACUUUCCAGUCACAAGUCUUCGGAGAUAAUUAUACAAUGUCCUUACUCCCUCAAGAGGAAUCUUCUGGAACUGUUAGAGUUUGUAAUAAUGGACUUUGCUGUAAAAUUGACUAUGAAAAUCGAACAAAAACUGAGAAAGAUAAAUUCGCUUUGGGAGUAUUCAAAGGCAUGCACUUUAAGGAAGGAACUUACUAUCUGGAAAUGUGCCUUUUAUUAAGGUGCGCAGACUAUAAUGACGUUUCGUCCUGUGGCCAAUGGACAGAAGAAUCAAGUACAAAAUUUGACUACUUGAAUAUUCAAGCAAACUUGACAUCAAGAUACGCCUUCCCAGUCUAUGUAUCAGAAGGUAUCAGCCCAUCAAGCGGUGACUGGUCCUACGACGGAUACAGCCUGAUAUCAAACGGAGCUCAGAAACCACUUUUAACGGCUGGUUUCUAUGCUAGAUGUUUCGAUCUCGAUCCAGAGAUUUAGAUUAAAUCAUGAACAAGAAAAGAAGAAGAUUUUUUAUUACAUAAACAAUUAGAUUUAUAUAUCAAUGAAUCAUUUUUUGAAGAAAAGAUAUGCUUAUUCCUAAAUUUCUUAUCUCUUUGUAUUUAUUAUAAUAUUUUUACACGUUAUCUUCCUCUUUCUAUGCUUAUUAGUAGAUGACGCAACUUAGCAUUCUACCAGUUUGAUCUGUUUGAAAUUGAGUCGGUCUCAUUCCCGAAUUUUUUGGACAUUUAAAUUCAGAAUAAAAAUAAUGACUAUUUUGCAAAGUACCAAC